UCAGAGUCACGUGACGAAGGACUUUCGGUGGCGGCAGCUUCGGUAGUGUGUUGUUAGCAGAGCAGUUAGCGAGCCGCGCGCUCAGGCGAUAAACCGGACCGGAAACAACAAUGGAUUCUGAAGAUACUGAUCAUCUCCCAUCAUCCAUUUCACCCAUCCAUUUACUGAGGAUGAAAGAUAUAAUGGCCAACCAGUGCUUUGAUAUGAAUAUUAAGGUCAAUAUGGGCAAAGUGAAGUCUUCUGAAACCCUGAAUGCUGAAGCAGAUCUGUCCAGAUAUGAGAAGGAAAUAGAACAGGCAAGAACAUCAUAUUUCAACAAAACACUGGCUCUAAACAGGAUGCAGAUUUGGAACGUCAUCAUUGAGAAACUGAUACACGAUAAUGCUGGGGCAGCGCCAUUGAAGGCAGUUGUUGAUGAAAAUGCAGACCUCUGUGAAAAGGCAAUGAAGAUUAUAAAGGAAACUCGACAACUUCAGGACCGAAUCACAGAUAUUCAAAAGGAGAGACUUGAGCUGAAAGGUGUCAUUAAGAACAAGAUGCAGGAUAUUAACGAGCUGAAACAGAUGGGGGAGAAUCAGGGCGAGGCACAGAAGCAGGCCGUGGAAAGAGCCGAGGAAAUCCUGCAGAAGUACAAAAAGAUCGCCACUAUUUCCCAGAACGUCCUUCGAGGAAUCAUCCUUGCAAGCAGAGUCAACUGGAUCGAUGAUCCUAAACUGAAAGACAUUGCAAUGGGACUGGAGAGCAUCCCUAACUGAAGAGGACUCCUUUUAUAAACAAUAAUAUGUAAUUGCAUACUGCAUGUCUUAUGUAAUAUAGAGGGACAUUGUAGAAUUAUUUUAAUCCAGCCCUGAUGUAUUUAAAAUGAGUAAAAAAAAAAAUUCUUAUUACACAAGCCAUACCUGCUACACACUGCCUUAGAGGGAUGAUAAACAUUUUUAUAUGCCACGUUUAGCAAGAUACGAGUCCGCCUGUACAGUAACCACUUGGUGUAUCAAUGUAAAUUUGUGCUGACAAGUGAAACCAUCUUUUUACCUUUUCUAUUUAAAAAGACGUAUCUUUAGAAAGAAUAGAGGACGCUGUUAAGUGAAUAUUACAAAACAUGGUAAAAAUUUCCCGUUUAAAACACCAAGCUGGUACAAAAAAAAAAGUGCUAACUUGCAUGUUAAGACAAAUACAUAUUUAUUAAAGUGCAUAUCACGGAUAAAUUCAGGCUCAAGAUCAAUGUAAUUCUCCUAUUUUAUAUUAAACUUUGGUCAAAUAGCUGUAACAUUCUGCCUUCUCUGCAAUUUUUUUUUACCUUGCGCAAUACCAGAAAAAUUCAGUUGAAAAAACUUGGCAUUUGGAUUUCCCAGCAAACAUUGAUUUUCGUGACGUCGCGUGCGGGACACCUCCCUCUGAAUCCUACGUCAGCGCUGGUUUGUUUAUGAGAAAACGACCUGGUGGUUUUCUGCAAAUUUCUUCAACGUUAUCACGUAAUUAUUAAAAAACGGUUAACAGAUGUAUCGUAGGAGGGUGUAGCAACACCAAUCUUGAUGGGAUUAGUACUCAUCGUUUCCCAAAAGACCGGACAAUGAGAGAGAAAUGGGAGCGCUUGGUCUACACAGGCUGUGCACUGAAACCGUGCAAAGCUCGUGCAGCCUGCUGGCGCUUCCGCAGGUGACGUCACGAAUCUGGCUCCAGACUCCCUUGGGAUUUUUCCAGACGCGUUUUGUUUAUUUUUUUCUGCUGUAGACAGAUGGCCUUGUGUAAAAUUACCCUUCUGGAUGAGUGUAUAAAGGGACAUACUUUCAUAUUAAAAAAAAAAAAAGGAAAUUGGUCCAAGAUAUGCACUUCAAGACAUUUCACUCAUCUUUGGUAACUGCUUUGUCCUGGGCAUAAUGUGGGACUACACCUUGGAUAAGAUGAUUCACUUUGGAGCAAUUUAGACCAACCCGGUCUAAAUAUUCAGUCAUAUUUUUUGACUUAACACUUUCUAAUACUAACUAAAAAAAAAUAAAAAAAAAU